GACAAGAAGUUGGUUAAGGUUUUGACAAAACGAUUCUUCUUCGAACAAUACUCCGGCGAAUUCUCGCUUCCAAAUAAUAGUAAUGUUGAGAAGAUUCGUUGGUCGGACGGUGAAUGCGGCGGGAGACAGGACCAGAGCCUUCUCGCCGCCGAUCGAAUCGUUCCGAUCAUCUUCAUCAGCUUCACAUAGGUUUGGGAUUGUGGCGGCGAAUAGUACCUCCGCCGAUGUUAUUGGAGAGGAUCUGUUUCUGGAACAAGCGCCUCCGUCCACCAUAGCCUCCAUUCCUUCUUUGCUUCAGCCUCGCGUCGUCGUUUAUGAUGGAGUUUGUCCUCUUUGCCAUACAGGUGUAAAAUGGGUGAUUAGGGCAGACAAAUACAAGAAGAUAAAAUUCUGUUGUGUUCAAUCAAAGGCUGCUGAGCCAUACAUGAGUGCGUGUGGUGUUGACAGAGAGGAUGUUCUUCGCCGUUUCAUAUUCAUUGAAGGCCUGGGUGUAUAUCACCAAGGUUCUACUGCUGCAUUGAGAGUAUUUUCUUAUCUGCCUUUCCCAUACUCCACAAUGAGCAGUAUGAUGAUUGUUCCAAGACCAUUGAGGGAUGCGGCCUAUGAUUAUGUAGCCAAGAGGCGUUACAAGUGGUUUGGAAGGGAGAAAGAAUGUAUGGUUCUACGAGAACAGGACUUGCUUGAUCGAUUCAUAGAUAGGGAUGAAAUCUUGGAGAAAAGUAGGAAGAAAUUGUGAAUGUUUUUGUUCUAUUAACAUACUUUGAAACAUAUUACUUACUAUAUGUAAAUAUUCAUGGACUUGGAUUCUAGAUUGACAGCAUUUGC